AUGAUGUUGUUACACGUAUUAAAAAGUCAAGAGUGAAGGAAACAGCAGUUCUUACUGCAGCCACGACAGACUUAAAUAAAACGAGUGGGUGGCGGUGGUGGUAGAGGCGGGAGCAGGUGUAAACCGCUCAGUGUCGCUGCUGCUGCCAGUGCUGCCCAACACGGGAGACACUACGGUCCCUCUGAACUGCACGAAACUCGGCGAACCAGCAGGGAAAAUGCCAACAUCAACUUAAUUCACUAGAGACGAUUAUUUAAAAAUAGUGAGGAAGAAAAGACUUCUGUGUGCUAUUGUUUCGUCGCGUAUGUGGAGAGUAAAAACCAAGAGGCGAAGACAGAAAACUCCCAGAAAUGAUCUUGGUUCUGUGUGAUGUGACGCUGAAGUGAGCUUGACAACCCGGUGAAUCGAGUUUGCCAAGAAGUGCUCUCGUAUUUCAGCUGUCUGUCAGUAGCCAGAAGCUGGCGCACAGGGAAUGAACUCCUGGGACCGCUAGUCAUCUGUGGACUUUAAGUGCGCCUUUAUUUAAACGUCAUUUUCCUCCUAAUUCAACGUUAAACCUUCAAAUAACAAGGAGUUGUUAUUCAGAUCCGCCGAAAUGGGGGAACAGCCGAUCUACACCACCAGGGCCCACGUCUUCCAGAUUGACCCGACCACCAAGAAAAACUGGGUCCCUGCCAGCAAACAGGCCGUCACUGUCUCCUAUUUUUACGACAGCACACGGAACAGCUAUCGCAUCAUCAGUGUGGAUGGAUCCAAGGUGAUUAUCAACAGCACCAUCACACCCAACAUGACCUUCACUAAAACAUCACAGAAGUUUGGCCAGUGGGCGGACAGCAGGGCCAACACUGUGUUUGGACUGGGCUUCGCCUCAGAGCAGCAGCUGUCCAAGUUUGCUGAGAAGUUCCAGGAAGUUAAAGAAGCAGCUAAGCUAGCCAGGGACAAGUCUCAAGAUAAGGUGGAGACGCUGAAUAAUCACUCCCAGGAGUCUGGACGCGAGACGCCCACUUCCAACCAGGCGUCCAGCAUCAACGGGACAGAUGACGAGAAAAUCUCACACGUCGAUCCUGAGGCUGUGCAGCUGCAGACGGAGAAUGAAUGUCUGAAGAGUGCAGUAGAGCAGAGCAACACCAAUGCCAAAAAGUGGGAAACAGAGCUGCAGACUUUAAGAGAAAAUAACGCCAGGCUGGUGGACGCACUCCAGGAGUCUUCAGCUAAUGUCGAGAGCUGGAAAAAACAACUCGGUGCCUGCAAGGCAGAGAGUGACACGCUCAGGGAAAAGAUUGCGGAACUCGAAGCCCAGUGCAAUGAAGCCAAUCAGGAGAAGCAGAAAAACGCCCAGCUGACUGUACGAGUGCAGGAGCUGCAGGCUGAGCUGCAGGAAAAAGAGAUGGAGUUGGAGAACCUGAGGAAACAGGCAGAGAUCAUCCCUCAGCUCAUGGCAGAGUGUGAGAGCAUCACAGUAAAACUGCAGGCUGCUGAGACAAAGAACAAAGAACUGGAGGGACGGCUAGGAGGUCUCCAGGUGGAGGUGGACGACAGCAGACGAAAGCAGGGCAACAUGAAGGGCGAGCUGAAGAAGUUCAUGGAUGUUCUGGACGGAAAGAUCGACGAGCUGCACGAGGUCCGACAGGGUCUGUCCAAGCUGGGCAUCGACAACUGAGGCAACGGGCGCUCAGCCCAGAGGGUCAGAGGUCAGGUACGGAAAGGUUCACUACUGUACGUCUUCAGGGCAGAAACUAUGUGGCACCACCCAACCACCCACUCCCCCGGACCCCUCCCCCACAAGGUGACGUCCACUCAGACACUAUCAGCUUGGGAUUCUAAUAAACACUACCAUGUGAGGAAAGGUGCUGUUGGAGAGAGGAGGAGACGGGCAGACCGGGUCGCUCUUCAUCAUCACAAGAACAAAAAAAGAAAACUGGUGGAGGGUUUUCAGAUUCAGUUUGUCUGGGAGGCCGCAGCAUUUCUACAACGGUGAUCUGAGUCUUGGGUUAAAAACAAAAAAAGGGCUAAAAACAAACAAGACGCAAAGAAAACUCUGUUCAUCAUCACUCCAGUAAUAAUUGGUGUUAAACCCUGUGCCACAAUCCCACCCCCUCCACCGCACCCCUCCCUCCAGAGAAUUACAGAAGAAACCGCUCUGUCCCUGCUGUUGCCUCGUUUCUAUCUCAGGUGUGUGUCAGAAGACAAUUUGUACUCGUCAGAUUAUAUGCACAUACAUUUGAAAUGGCCAUGACACAAAGUGCCUCCAGGUGAGUCCACGUCCACCUGGUGAGGAGAAGUGGCCAAGUGAUGACCAUCGCCAGGAUAAUGAAGCCAAUCCCUGCGAGGAGAAGUGAACGCCACAGUGGCCGACUAGACGAGAGGAAAAGCAAAUGCGGCUCUGAGACCGGACCACAGCGUCUUCACUCAACACGUCUCUUUAAUUACUGUAGGCAGGAGAAAACUCUUCUCUCUGGAGCUUUCUUUCCAAAAAAAAAUAAUAAUCCAAAAACCAAUUCUAGGAGUCCACAGUGAGUGUGGUGCAGUGUUUCCAGGACUCUGCCUGUGCAGUAGUGUUGUUGUUGUUGUCCAGGUGUAGAACAAAGAUCCUUGUCUCUAACGCUGUAACAGAGUAUUUCUACAUGCCGGUUUUUGUCAUGGUGACGGUGACUUUAAGGGUGAAGGGAUUUUGGUGCUGAACACGUUCAGUUGAUGUGUCACUACAGCUCUAUUAUGGUUUAUGUUGUUUACUUUUGCUUAUUUAUUUUCUUGUGCCUUUGUUACUGCUGUUUCUGGUACUUUCAACCCAUUAAAUCCACAUUAACUAACUAAGAGAAGUGCGACUGUUUUCAACACAGUUCUGUUGUUUGAGGAGAAAAUGAGGAAAAUCGAAAUCAGCAGACACCGACAUGUCUACUGUUUCGAAGCUGAUUUUCCAAUUUUAUUGUGCUCAAAAUGUCGUUACAAGUGCUGCGUAACAAAAGACUACACCAAUGUGAAUGUUUAAAAACAACUUUUCUACAUUUGGGUCGGUGUAAAGCAGUGCAAGCAGGGCACUGUUUUCUGUUUGAACUUUGUCUAAUCACAUCAGGCUGCCGUGACAAUGUCAAAAAUGUGUGAACAAUUUUAAAAAAAUCCAUUUUAAUUAGUAUUCUAGCUUCAUUGUUAUAAAUAAGAGCUUCUUCUUUGUAAGAUAAAUUACAAACAAAUACAGCUUAUUUAACAACAUUUUGCUGGAACAGGAAAUACAGUAAGUCAAAAAGUUCCUAUAAACAUUUAACUCAUCUAUGAAGAAAUAUUUAAAAGCAAUUUCAGAAGUAAUGAUGGCUCCAUAAUGGCAGAGGAAUGAUUUUUAAGCAAAAGUCUACAAAAUCCCUAGAUUUACACUGGUCUGCUAAAAUAUUUCAUGUUGCGUAGUACUUGCAACAAGAUUCUGAGCAUGUUCAGCACAGAAGAGCCGUCUCUGAGAAUCCAACAUGUAUUUCUUUCAUACCAACAGCCCUUACUGACCCCUCACAGCUUUGCCGUGUUAAAAACAGAUUUCUCCUUCAACCCUAAUAUCUCCACACAUGUACAAUAAUAACAGGUUUCAUCCUGAGGAUUUGUUUGCAGAACAGUGUCGCAGAUGCUUUGUGGGAAGUUCAGCCUGAACCGUUUCAAAUCCAAAGGAACAUGUUGUGAAAUAUUUUCUUGGUGAUACUAUAAUAUUGUAAGUCUGUGUUUUUCAUCACUGUUAUAAAACUCCGAUAAAAAC